AGCGUCAUAGGUAGUAUCUUGCGGUCACAUGCUUGGUCACUGUACAGUCUUGAACGUACCUUUGCAUUUGAUUUGUAUCGACAACAUAACUUGUAUAUUUCUCUCUUGAUAAUUCUGUUUAGGAUAUAGGAAAGCCACUAUACUAUGUCCUCCAUCAGAGCCAGUGUAAUUGUUGUUGGGGCGGGCAUGGCCGGUCUCUCAGCGGCACAGCAUCUCUUCAACGCCGGGUUCACCGACGUUCAGAUUCUGGAAGCCAGUAAUAGACUUGGUGGACGGGUACACACGUAUGAUAUUGGUGACCACAAGGGCAGGUCCGCUCUGAUCGAACUCGGCGCUAAUUUUAUCCACGGAACCAAUGGAAACGCAGUGUAUAGCUUAGCAACAGAGCACAACUUACUCGAUCCUUUCGUCUUACUAGACAGAAUGGGAGGAUGUGUAUACACCGAAGAUGGCAGGAGGAUAGACCAAUCUCUGACUGACAGGGUCUGGAAGAUCUUCCGUGAAGUGGAGAAAGAGCUGGAAGACAUUGUGUCAGAGAACACGGAUCCCUCCGCUGACGUAGGGAGAUAUAUGGAAGAUCGUUUACAAGAGAGGCUUGGAGAAUUUGCCCCUGACCAAAAGAGUGACACCCGAGCUCUGUUGAACUGUAUGCUGAAUUAUCUAUCAUUUCAUACCGGAGAAGAUAUCGAAAAGGUGUCCCUGAAAUAUAUAGGUUGUUACCGGGAGCUAGAUGGCAAGAAUGUUAUAUUACCAAACGGUUUCCGUAGUAUCAUAGAUGUUAUAGCACAAGACUUGCCACCAAAUACGCUUCGUUUCAAUACGAAGGUUGAUAAAAUAAGUUACCAUAACACUAAAACUGUUACAAUCACUUGCCAAACUCCCUCUGGAAAAAGAACUUUUGAAGCAAACCACGCAGUAGUCACGUGCUCUUUAGGAGUUCUAAAAUCUUGUCACUCGGAGAUGUUCGAGCCCCCGCUUCCAACAAAAAAAGUCAAAUCUAUUGACGCCAUUGGUUAUGGAACUGUCAAUAAGAUAUUUCUAAAAUGGAAAGAGCCAUUUUGGCAACGCGGAGAGGGGCGUAUGAAAUUUGCCUGGAAAACAAGAAACACUACCAGCAGAACCUCGCAAUGGUAUAAAAGUUUAUUUGGAUUUGAUGAAAUUCUUAAUAACGACUGCACUUUGUGUGGCUGGAUUCACGGAAAAGCGGCCGAACAUUUAGAGACUCUGACCGACCAAGAGGUUAUGACCCAAUGCGUGACACUAAUCCGUCAGUUUCGAGGUGACCCGAAGAUCCCAGCGCCCACGGAAAUUCUUAGAUCCGCGUGGCAAACCAAUGAGUUUACCCGUGGUUCCUAUAGUUUUUUGUCCCAGAUGUCCUCCCCCGAAGACAUUGCUUGUCUAGGGGAGCCCCUGUACGUGGAAGAGGCACCCGUUGUUCUGUUUGCCGGGGAGGCGACCCAUCCUCAUUUCUUUUCGACCACACAUGGGGCUCGUGAGUCAGGGAUCAGGGAAGCUGAACGUCUUGAAAACUUCUACCAAAAACAACUUCGUCAUUGAUAUUUUAUUUAAGAAAAAAUGAGGAAAAAUGAAUCAUUCUUUUGCAAUUGGUAUUAUGAGGUGAUAUUAUACGGUCGGUAUGAUCAAAUCCAGUAAAGCCCGAAGGGCUUUAUGAUAGAUUUGAUCACGUCCAAUAAAGCCCGGGGGCCUCAUGAUAGAUUUUUGAUACAUCCAACCGUAUUUGAUCCCCUCAUAAUAUCAAAGAAUGAUUCCUUAUUACUUAUAUUUAUAUAUUAUAAUUUUCAGUAAUUGUACGAUUUAAUAUUAAACAAGUUAUUAACGAAAUGUUAUAAAAUCGAUUCGUGGUGUUAUAACAGACA